UCCGCGGAAGUAAAGAUGGCGCUGGACGGCUCGUCCACGUCAGUUAUGGCUCAUAAUAACCCGUAUCACAGUCAUGUUUCUGAUUAUUACGGGCGAAAGCUGAGCAAUAAGCCCGAUGUAGUGCCGUCCGGGGUCACCGAGAGGAAAGUGUCGCCCUCGGAUAAACCCGACAUGGUGGUGCUGGACGUGCUCGGCAUCAAGGACUCUGAGGCUCCAGGGCACAGAAAGAAGCACGAGACGGACACAUAUGUGCUGGGCACCAUCCAUCCCUUCCGCAAAACACACCGCUCCGUGCUGGGCAAGUGUGCGCAGGAGUUCCGGCUGGUGACGUCCGACCGGCGGUCGUGGAGGAUCCUCCUGUUCGGCGCGCUGAAUCUCGUCUGCACGGCCUGUCUGCUGAUGUGGUGCAGCUCCACAAACAGCAUGGCCCUGACCGCUUACACGUACCUCACCAUCUUCGACCUCUUCAGUCUGAUCACAUGUCUGCUGAGUUUCUGGGUGAGCGUGAAGAAGCCCAGUCAGCUCUACUCGUUUGGCUUCGAGCGCUGUGAAGUGCUGGCUGUGUUCUCCUCCACUGUGCUGGUUCAGCUGGGAUCGCUCUUCAUCCUGAAGGAAAGUGUCGAGCGUUUUGUGGAGCAGCCCGAGGUUCACACGGGGCGUCUGCUGGUGGGGACGUUGGUGGCUCUGUUCUUCAAUCUGCUGACUCUACUGUCCGUCAAGAACAAGCCGUUCGUCUUCGUGUCUGAAGCUGCGAGCACCAGCUGGCUUCAGGAGCACGUGGCCGACCUGAGCCGAAGUGUGUGUGGACUGAUCCCGGCGCUGAGCAGCGUUCUCCUGCCCCGGAUGAACCCGUUCGUGCUGAUCAACCUCGCGGGCGCCUUCGCUCUGGGCAUCACCUACAUGCUCAUCGAGAUCAGUAACUAUCACGCCAUGGACACCGCGUCCGCCGUGGCCAUCGCCCUCAUGACCUUCGGCACCAUGUACCCGAUGAGUGUGUACAGCGGGAAGGUGCUGCUGCAGACCACCCCGUCUCACGUCAUUGGCCAGCUGGAUAAGCUGCUGCGAGAGGUGUCCACGCUGGAUGGAGUUCUGGAGGUCAGGAACGAGCACUUCUGGACCAUCGGCUUCGGCUCCCUGGCUGGUUCCGUCCACGUCCGCAUCCGCAGAGACGCUGAUGAGCAAAUGGUUUUGGCUCACGUGACCAACCGUUUGAGCGCGCUAGUCUCCACGCUAACCGUCCAGAUCUUCAAGGACGAGUGGAUCCGCCCGUCGCUGAGUUCUGGCGCUGGAUCGCUCAGUCUCUCGGAGUACGUGUCUUCAACCGUGGUGUCCGAGCUGAACCCGGUCACGUCCACGCCUGCCAAACCCAGCAGCCCUCCUCCCGAGUUCUCCUUCAACACGCCGGGCAGACACGUGCAGCCGCUGGUGUUCCCGGCCCACCAGCACCGGCUCCCGUACGGCACGCUGGGCCAGGGCCUCCAGGGGUCCGGCGUCCGGCUGGGCUUCGGCCUCGGGCCUCAGGGAUACAGGACACUGAACAUGGCGCCGCACAGAUAUGGGAGCACUCUUCCCAACACACACACUGACCAAACGAGACCCUGAGCUGCUCACACAUCAAAACCCUGAGUAUUUAUUGUUACGGGACCAAUAGCGACGGUUUUAUUCACAAUGGAUGUUUUAUCUGUAUUGUUUAUUUGUAUUAAACUGCUAUCAGACAUCUUA